UUUGUCAGUCGCCCUUUUCGCGAAUCACUCCGAAAUCUGCCUGGAUUCAGCUUCAUUUACACUUUCUCACUUGCUUCUCACUAUCUCACUCUUGAUCUCACUCGAUUUUUUGUUUUCAUAUUUAUGACACACAAAAGUUUUGUCUCAUAACAUGUCUACUAUCGUAAUCGUGGAAUAUUAAAUUACGAUAUUUUUUGUAAUUCCAAAGAAUUUCAAGUGAUUGUUUCGAACCAUCUCGCCUGCACGCAAUGGCCAACGAGGGAACUCCCACGGCGCGUGAGUGUAACGCGGCGGAACUUUGCCGGACGUGUAUGAACGCAGUCGAUGACAACAAGAGCCGCCGGAAGUUGGUUCCGAUCUUCAGCAUGGUGGGCGAUGUAUUUAUUGCGAAUAUCAUCACCCAGUGCACUGCCGUUGAGAUUUAUGAAAACGAUGGUCUACCGGCGGCAAUAUGUUCCGAUUGUUUCGAUACGGUUAAGUUGGUGGAUGCUUUUGCGAAAGCCACUCGCAAUAGCGAUGCUGAGCUGCGCCAGCUUUUCAAACCGGAUUCGACCCUCAAGGAGCCGGACCCAAGCGACAAUGCGGGAUUCGUGGAAGUUGUGGAGGAGGAGGUGCUGGAGGAAGAGGUUUUGGAGGAGAUCCCUAUCGAGGCGGGGACAGCGGUAACUCAUUUCCUGGAAAUUAAGUUCGAAAAUUCGGAACAAAUGUUCGACGAGACCGGUGAAGAACCUAUUGAGCUGAGUGACGAUUCCGACAGCGAUUGCAUAGAAAUUGACGAGGAAGAGGAAGAACCGCCAGAGGAGCUGGACCGGUUGGAACCGGGUCCUCCUCGAAAGAGAAGCAGAAAUCCCCAGCCCAGAAGAAGGAAGAGACCGAUCCAAACAGAGGAAGAUCUUCAGCUCAGCGAAAAAGAACAGGAGCUGUUCACGGUCAUUGAAAUCCCUUCAGAGAGCCACCUCUGCUGCGGCUGCCUGUUGUAUUUUGAAUCAGCCGAGGAAUUGGAAGCUCAUCGCCUGGUGAAACAUAUCUGGAAAUGCGAAUACCUAAGGAAGCCAAACUCAAAACCAUCCUGUGAGAAUUGUUUACGCCAGUUCGGGACGGACAGCGGCAAGGAACGCCACAAGGAGCGAAUCCGGUUGUUGAGAGUCAUUUGGGAAUGUAAGAAGUGUCACGUGCGGUUCAAACUACCUGGUAAACGGCGGGAACAUUUGAAGCUUCAUCCGAACGACGAACCGAAGGCCCGGGUGGCCCGAGUGAAGGAAACGACCACAGAGAAAUUCGGCUGGGUCUGCUGUGGUAUCUUGUGUAAAGCAACCUUCGAGACCGAGGCGGAGCUGAUUGCCCAUGGUAUGUCCGAACACUGGGCCGACAAGCAGGCAGCGGACUUGCAGAGCGCGGACAAACCGUUGCAGUGCCAGGUAUGCUACCAGCGGUUUGUCGACCGGGUGACGAUCGCCCGGCAUCAGCGGCGAAAGUACAGAGACAAAAACCAGCAGUGCAGCCGUUGCGGACUGAAGUUCAUCUCGACGAUAGAUCUGAAAGCGCACGAAGUGAAAGCGCACGGAAGCGACUAUUUCAAGUGUAAAAUUUGCGACAGAAACUUCAGCCUGAAAAGGACCCUUGAGUUGCACAUACGAACGAUACACAUGCUGGGGAAGAAACCCAGGCGUCCACAAAAAGUUCCGAUCCAGACCGAGAACGACCUACACCUCAGCGCAAAAGAGCAAGAAUUAUUCACGGUCAUAGAGAUUCCUCCAAACAGCCACAUUUGCUGCGGUUGCCUGUUGCAUUUUGAAUCAUCCGAGGAACUGGAGACCCAUCGGCAGAUGAAACAUGUCCGGAAAAACGUAACCACAAUGAGGCCAACAUCUAAACACACCUGUGAGGGUUGUUUACGCCUGUUCGGGACAACCAGAGGCAUGCAGUACCACAAAACGAGAAUCAGCAUGUUGAAAGUUGUUUGGGAGUGUAAGAAAUGCAAAAUAAUGUUCAAACUACCUGGCAAACGGCGCGAACAUGCGAAACUCCAUACGGACGGUGAUCCGGUGGCCCUGGUAGUUCGAGUCAAGGCAACCACUAAACAGGCAUUAGGGUGGGUCUGCUGUGGCCCUAUAUGCUCACAGUCCUUCAGCACCGAGGAGGAGCUGAUUGCCCACGGUCGGACUUCCCACUGGAUCGACCGGAAGGCAGCCGAUCUGGAGCACGCUGACAGACCGGAACAGUGCCAGGUGUGCUUCCAGCGUUUCUUAGAUCGAAAACAGAUCUUCGCCCAUCAACGACGGAAAUACAAGAUAAAGAAAAUCAAGUGCACCCUAUGCGGGCAGGCUGUUUCCUCGAAAACUGAGCUGAAGAGACACGAAGUGAAGGUGCACAACGUCGAUGGUUUCAAAUGUGAAAUUUGCGGCAAAUCGUAUCCCAGUGCCAGCAGUCUGACUUCCCACAUCAAGUUGAUGCACGUGAAAGGUGCACAGCAUAUGUGUACCAUUUGCGGAAAGACGUUCCGGCAGUCGGGUGGAUUGAGUAUCCACAUGUCAUGUCAUGUGGAGGUCCCACAGUUCAAAUGUGAGAUCUGUUUAAAAAUGUUCAAACACAAGCUGCACCUGCGGUAUCACAUGCGGACGCACACCGGCGAGAAACCGUACAAGUGCCGGUACUGCGACAGUGCUUUCGCCAACCAUACCAACUGGAGGAGACACGAAAUGACCCAUACCGGCGAUAAACCACACAAUUGUUCCUACUGUGAGAAGUCUUUCAUUUUGAGGCGAAGCCUUUUGGAACAUGAAGCCAGCCAUACGGGUGGACCGAAACCGAUUCGCAAGGCCCGCAGUCGGCAACCGAAGGGUGGGCAAGUCGAUGAGAACAGGCGAGUCGUCGAAGUUGACGACGAAUAUUUUUCCAGCAGCAGCAGUGACUCAACGGCAGACAACUUGCAGCAGCAGCAGCAGCAGAAUGCGGCCGUUGCUAGCAUAGCGGAUCAGCCGCAAACCGUGCAGUCGGCGGUAUACGCAAUGUACAACGUUGUUCCAACAGCGUCAGGUUACGUGGUAAAGUAAUAAUAUUAAGAUGUUGAGUUCGGGCAACGUUUAGAAGACAGGCUAUAAUCGAAAGCAUUAUUUUUACAACGGUAA